AUGAUACCAUCACGCUAUUUGACUACUUGCGAUGAUGAUAAUUCACGUGUGGCCAUGAUACUUGGUGGUGAUCAACGUCCUCUACGCGGAGAGUCUACGAUACUGUUGGCUCCAAAAAUAAAGCUCAGCAGUGGUUAUGAAAUGCCCGUUUUAGGAUUUGGGACUAUAUAUUUUCAGUUGCGCGGUUUCCAAUGCACAUCAGCGGUACAUUGUGCAGUAGAAACUGGAUUUCGUCACUUUGACACUGCAUACUACUAUGAAAAUGAAAAAGAUGUAGGCGAAGCUCUUCGUACGCAAAUUAAAAUGGGAAACAUAUCUAGAGAGAAUAUAUUUUUAACUACGAAGUUGUGGAACACUCACCAUGAUCCUCGUGAUGUGCGUCGUAUAUGUGAGCAGCAACUGAAGCUGCUAGGAUUUACCUAUAUCGACCUUUACUUGCUGCAUUUUCCCGUUGGCUACAAACAUAUGUGUGAUGAGAUUCUCAAGCCAAUGUCGGACGGUAAAUUGCAGACAACCGACGUUGAUUAUAUAGACACCUGGAACGCUAUGGAGGAACUCGUAAAACUAGGCAUGGUUCGCAGCAUUGGCUUAUCGAACUUUAAUAUGGAACAGGUGCAACGGGUCAUUCAAUGUAGUUCCUCAAAACCAGUGGUAAACCAAGUUGAGGUCUGGCCGGGUUUUUUGCAAAAAGAUUUGGUUGACUACUGUCGCUACAAUGGCAUUGUUGUAACUGCGUAUUCACCUUUUGGUCAGCCAAAUAGAGAAAAUCAUAGCCCAACAUAUUUCUUUUCGGAGGGCAUGAAGAGAUUAGUUAAGAAAUAUAAAAAAACAUCUGGUCAAAUAGUCCUGCGCUUUUUGGUGGACUAUGGAGUCGUGCCUAUACCCAAGGCGGCUAAUCCUUUGCAUAUAAGUCAAAAUUUAAAUAUAUUCGACUUUAAGCUGGACGAUUCAGAUACCCGCGCAUUACUUGGAAUAAAGCCAAAGAAACGAAUUGUAAAGUAUGAUAUAGUAAAAGAACACCCAUUUUACCCUUUCGAACGCGAUGAAGAAAGCCAGUAUCAAGAUGUCAAUAACCUUCAAAAUGUACCAUUGGCACGGGAGCAACGUGAAUCUACACUUAAUGACGAUGAUCAACGUGGGGAAUAGAAUUGGUAUCACAAAUUAUUUGAUUAAAAGUAAAAUGUUAUACAAUUAAAAUUUAUUUAAGCUUCUUUUCAAA